UCCAGGGCCCGCUGACCGCUCCCUCUGUCCCUCAGGCCUGCGGCUGCCCACUGUACUGGAAGGGGCCUCUCUUCUAUGGAGCCGGCGGGGAGCGCACAGGCUCAGUGUCCGUCCACAAGUUCGUGGCCAUGUGGAGAAAGAUCCUGCAAAACUGCCACGAUGAAGCCGCCAAAUUCGUCCACCUGCUCAUGAACCCUGGCUGCAACUACCUGGUGCAGGAAGACUUCGUCCCCUUCCUGCAGGACGUGGUGAACACGCACCCUGGCCUGUCCUUCCUGAAGGAGGCGUCCGAGUUCCACUCCCGCUACAUCACCACGGUCAUCCAGAGGAUAUUCUACACCGUCAACAGGUCCUGGACUGGGAGGAUCACCUGCACGGAGCUCCGGAGGAGCACCUUCCUGCAGGUGCGCCCGGGGAG